CAAACUGGUUUCACAUUUUGGUUAGGAGUUAGGUCAUUUCCAUCCUUCAUAAUAUUGAUAAUGGAAAAAUCCGAUCAGAAACAGAAGCAGCACCAUGAGCAACAUAUAUUGUUACCUCAACAACAACAGCAACAACAACAACAACAAAAACAAGACUACUCUGAUCAUGGCUGUCGCGACCGAGCUCCGGGUAAGACUCAGCACCGACGCAAGGUACAAGCUCCGGUUAUUAGAGAAGUAGACGAGGAGGUAAAGUUAGCUGCCACCGCGAUCAGCCUCAACGUACGGUUGAGAUCAUCGUCCAACAUGCCGCACCACAUGCAAGAACGCGCUCUCCGCCGCACGAGAUCACUCAUUGACUCAGCCGCCGCCGCAGCCAAAGCACUGUCCUCCAAACCACGGCCAAACCCAACUCAUAUAGCUCGAGCUCUCAAAAAGGAGUUUGACUCGUUGUACGGACCGGCGUGGCACUGCGUGGUGGGGAAGAGUUUCGGGUCGUUCGUGACUCACUCGCCGGGGGGAUUCCUCUACUUUUCCAUCGACGAAUCGCUGUCGGUGCUGCUCUUCAAGACGGAGGUUCAGGUGGUCACCGAACAACAACCACAGAAACCGGCGAAUUAAGCAGCGUGUAGCUUUGGUUGGAAAUUUUGUGAUUUCUGAGAAUGACACUUGUCCUACAUGACACGCGUUAGUUGUUGUUCUUGACUAGCCAUGGAUGU